AUGUCGACUCCCAGUUCAUCUGGUUCCAUCACAGGGAAAGAAGAGCUUUGGGAUUGUCGACUCCCAGUUCGACUAUGCACAUCCAAGACUAAAGACAACCCUAACAAAAAAUUCAAAGUUUUCCCCAAUUCCUUGAAACCAGGUAAGAAGUGUAAGUAUUGGGAAUGGAUUGAUGAAUCGGUAACUAGGAAUCCUAAUUUAGAACAAGAAGUUAAAGUAGUUAAAGAGGAUGUUGCAUGUUUAAAGAAAGAAGUUCAAGAGCUGAAGAAUAAAGCAUAUAGUUAUGGGGUUGAAAUCAGUUGUAAUAUUAUAUGA